CUGGCCCCCGCCAUCUCCGCCUGUUCCUCCCAUGAAGGGUUUUGCUCAGUUCUGUGUUCCGGCUGUGGUGGGCUGGGUUUUGUGUACUGAAACAUGAGGUCCCUUUGGACACAGUCAUCUGGAAGACAGCUGCUUAUAUGACAAUACUUUCAUUGGCAUUUUCCAUCCUAAAGUCAUCCUACUGAUAUUUUUACUGCUUCUGAAUCAACUUUUUCUCAAAAAGUUCAGUUUUCUGGGCAAAUUUUACAUGAGAUGGAAGAUUUUCAAGGUAUAGCAGAAGAGUCAUUUCCAAGCUUUUUUACCAAUUCAUUACUUGGUAACAGUGAGAUUUUAGAAAAUGUCACUCUUUCUUCAAAUCUUGGCUUGCCUGUUGCUGUUUCCACGCUUGCUAGGAAUAGAUCCAUUGCUGAUAAUAGGUUUCCUGAUGUUCAGGCAUCAUACUUCAUAGAAGGGAGGUUUUCUGUUCCAUCUGCGUCAUCUCCCAGUUGCCAAAGUGAUACUGAACCAAGAGAAAGGUUAAAGCUUAGCUUCCAGGAAGAUGAGAAAAAGAUCUGUAAAGAAAGUCCACAUUUGUCAGAAGUUUUCACAAAACAGUCUACUUUUCAAAGUGAUACACCAAGAGCAGAAGAGGAGCAGGCUAAAAGUACAGCAUCCUUGCAGAGACAGGAUCUUUUGCAUAGUGUUUCACCCCUUGAACAAGUACCAGAUUCACCUGAUUUUUGUUUAAAAUCGUGGAUGAAUACUCAAGAGCAUAAGAUUGUUGUGCCUGAUGCUGGAAAAGAAGCCAAGACUCUAAACAGUGACUUAAACCAUGUUAGCUUCUUAGAAAAUGAAAAACUUAUGUCACUGGCCAGUUUGGAAGACUCUUCUGAUGAUGAUAUUAAUGAUGAAGAGUUUUAUGAUGAACAUUUGGAAGCUUAUUUUGAACAACUGGCAAUACCAGGAAUAAUAUAUGAAGACCUAGAAGAACGAGAAUCUUCAGAAAAAUAUUUUAAAUUACCCAGUCAGACAAAUGAAGACAGUAGCUUUAACUCUAAGUCAGAAUGUAGCAGUUCUCACCACGGUUCAAACUCUUUAAGAAGUUCUGAAACAGUUUGCAAGGAGUCUGAGGAAGCCCACACUUUUUGUCUACCUGGGACCAGUAAUUCUGUAGGUACUGUUGAUAGUACAAAACAGGAAGGUGGUAUGUUGUCAUUUUACCCUAGUAACUGGUGUGCUGAGAAGGAAAGGGAUGGAAGUUUGAAGGAUAUUUUUCCAGAUCAACACAGAGAAAUGGUAAGAGAAAACAUUCUGGAGAAGACUCUAAAUGCUACCAGUGAGAAACUUAACUCAAUUUAUUUUCAUACUACAAAUGCUGAAAAAAGUGAUUGUGACCAGACUGAUUUCAUAAAAGAUGGGGAAGAGUCUCCUCAUCAAAAUAAGCAUUUGCCAUCUGAUUUAGAAAGUGUUCUGCACAAGGAUAGAUGUUCACAUACAGAGACUCCUACAAUUUCAAUUAAGAAAGAUAUGGGCACUGAAUCUUCGAUGCCCACUAAUGAUGGCGGAAUCAACUCCACUAAUAAUCUUUGGUCAUCUAAUAGUGGAAGGAUAACCUGUGAAUAUCAUGAGUCAAUUGAAAAGAAAAGAGAUCUUUCAGAAAAUGUAGUCUAUCAAAAUGAAGAGGGCAAAUGGGUCACUGACCUUGCCUAUUAUACAUCUUUUGAUAACAAACAAGAUGUACAGAUGUCUCCAAAUAAUGGGAUAAAUGAAGAUUUCAGAUCUGGUUCUGAAGCAUUGGAUUUGAUUGCACGAGAUGAAGAAGAAUUUAAUAAAGAGCAUCAGUUUGUACAGGCAGAAAACAUAGAUGUUCAGAACAUUUCAGCUACAUUUGGGGAUUCAUCCUGGGUAGCUACAAUUAAUUUUAAUCUGUUGAAGAAAUCACAUAAUACAUCAGAAUUUGACCCAGAUGAUGCCAGUUAUUUACGUCUAUCAUUAGGAGAGUUCUUUGCUGAAAGAUCUGAAGCUCUUGGUUGCCUUGGUGGUGGUAAUAGUGAGAAAAGACCAUCGUUUGGUUAUUUUAUUAGAUCACCAGAGGAGAGAGAACCUGUUGCUUUAAUACAAAAAUCUGAUGUGUCAAGAGAUAAUUGGGAGGAAGAAAUAGCUCAUCCUAACCCGGAUCAAUUUUCAGAAGAUGUAAAUGAAACAUCCCAGGCACAGCUAAGUGAAGGAUCAGUCACACUACAGGCAGAAACACUGGAGAGUAUUUCACAAGUGGAUGAACAUGAUGUGACAUUAACUGCCAAUAAAGUCAAAACAGAGGAUACUUCCUUCAGUAGUGUCAAACACAAGGAAUGCAAUGACUCACUGCAUAAUGAUGGUGAUUCUGUACUUAGGAUCAGCACCAUUGCCUCAGCAAUUGCAGAUGUGUCAGUGAGUGCUGAUCCUGCCCAGCUCGUUGUCAUGAUGAAGGCACUUAGAAAUAAAACCAGAGACAAGACUUCUUACCAAGAUGAUAACCAGAAGGGCCAUUCCACAGUGUCUCAUCCCUUACCUAAUGACUUAGAAAAAAAUAAUGGGUACACUGCAUUUGAUAUGGAAAAAUACCUUAAGAAGACAGAAGUUAGUAGGUCUGAAGGUGGAUUGGAAGAGCCUUCAAGGGCUGGCACAUCUGAUAUUUGGAAUUUAUCUUUACCAAAAGAACAAACUAUUCAAGACAUCCAUAUGGUUGACUCAUGUGCUACUAAUAUAAUUAUAAGGGAACCAAAAGAAAAGAUAGCAACUCUUUUUUGUGAUGAAAAUGGAGAACAGGACAAUCAGGAGCCACUUGGAACCGAAGAUUCUUCAGGCUCAGUUCUUAAAAUUACAAGAAUAGUUGAUACAAAGACGUGUUUCAUUGAUAAUAAUAAAUUGUCAGAUAUGCAUAACAAUGAGAAAGAAACUUCCUCAGUUUCUACUCCAACAACCAAUAGCUACUCAUCAGUAAGGAACCCCAGAAUAACAUCCCAUUGCUUCUUACAAGAGUAUGAAGAAAUACGUGAAAAUAGAGAAAAUCAGAAUCAAAAAGAGUGUGUUAGUGAAGCAAGCAGCAGUGACAAGCAUGUGACUUUUGAAGAACAGUGCAAUGUCCCAUCUGAAAGUGAUGGUUUGAAAAAUACCUCUCCUGAGCAUGCUGGGUCUGGCUUACAGGAGGAUCCGGAGAGCUUCAGGCCUUCUACCUCAUCACUCAGCCAUUCUCCUAGUGAAAUUUCUGGAACAAGUUUAUCAAGGUGUGCUUCCGAGUGUCUUGCUUCAAUAGCUCAUCAUCAGAAGCUCUCUUCUGAGAGUGAGUUGUCUCAGUCGGUAUGUUCCCAUACUGAUGAUAUGAGCAGGCUGACAUAUAUGUCUGAACAGGAGAGUACCUGUCCAGCCACAACUGCUGACAGUUGCCCGGAGGACCACAAGAGUGAUAUCACCAGUGAAUUGAGCAGCACAAUUACGCAAGCCGAUCUAACUCUAUCGGAGGAACAGGCUAUUGGAAAUCUUAGAGAAAAAGUACCAGUUCAUAACAGAAGAAAAGGAAUAUUAUCAUGUAUUGCUCAAAGCAAGUUUGAUUUGGAAAAAGGAACUGAAACCACUUCUUUGAGUAGCAGACCUGAGGAUGGAGAAUCUUAUUUUACAUCGAGUCAGGAUUCUUCCUCGAAAAGUAGAGAGCCUGUGGGAACCAGUGAGGAAGGUUUGACACCAAACCCCAGUGAACUAGACCUGAUCAGUCUGACUCUGCUGAGCAAAGCAGAUGUGGGCCUUCAGGCUGGAUCAGCCUCAUCACAUCUUUCUGGGUCAAGCCAGAAGACUACAGAAGAAGGUCAGAGGAUAACUUCUAAAGACCCUUCAACUGCCAGCAGUGAUACCAGUGGCCAGAUUCUUAAUCAGAGCACUUUGGGAAACCAGCUCAACCUCCCUCCAUGUCUUAUGGGUCAUGGCUCUGCUGUUGAUAUGCAAAACAUGCCUGCUGUGCACCCUUCACUUUGGACCGGACAUUCUGUGAGCACAGCUCCCUUGGCCCAGCAGUAUUUGGGGACCUUCCCUUCAACUGCAAAUGUUAACAGGCCUCCGUGCCAUGCAGGUAGCACUUCAGUCUGUGGAUUCUCUGGAUAUUCUUACCCUUCUGUUGCUGGAGAACAUAUGGCUAUGGGGAUAUGUUUAGGACCAACUCUUGCUUCCGGAUUGAUGGGUCCCUCUUCCUUUUGUAACUCAUGUUCUAAUGCCUUACGUCAGAACCUGUUGAGUACAGCAAAACCUUUUUCAGUGCAAUCUGUUGGUGCAAACUGUGGAAUUGAACAGUGGAAUUCAGGAACCAUGCCAAGAUUUGGGAAUGUCAGAGUGCCCGAGGAAUUGAAGUUUCCUCAUGCUUGCUGUGUUGGUAUUGCUUCGCAGACCCAUCUGAGUGUGCUUAAUCCAACUGACCGCUGGCUACAAGUUAGCAUCGGGGUUCUCAGUGUUAGUGUUAACGGUGAGAAGGUGGACCUUUCAACAUACCCUUGUUUAGUUUUCAAGAAUAAAGUCAUUAUAAGACCUCAUGUUACAGAAGAGAUAAAAGUACUUUUUAUACCAUCCAAUCCUGGGAUUUUCAGAUGUAUAUUCAGCGUCACAUCUUGGCCAUUCUCAGCAGAUACUGAAACGAUAGUACAAGCAGAAGCUUUGGGAAGCAGAGUCAUCCUCACAGCGAUUGCCGAGGCCCCUGCUAUUGAGGUAGAAACAGAAAAGAAAGGUGUUCUAGAUUUUGGUGACUUGACAUAUGGAGGCUGGAAGGUUCUCCCACUGAAAGUGAUAAAUAGGACGAAUGCUGUGGUGCCUAUCAGAAUGAUUAUUAAUGCUAAUGCCUUUGCAUGGCGCUGCUUCACAUUUUCAAAGGAACCUGUGCAUGCUUCUCUGAAAGCUGCUCCUUACGCUGAUGUGAUUGCUCAGCUAGCGGCUCCAUCCGUGGUCAGUCACAUCAUGCCAGCCAGUUUUGAUGGACAGGACCCAGAAUUUCUGAUAGUUUGGGUGCUGUUCCAUAGUCCAACGAAACCAGUAACUUCUUCAGAGAUUCUAGACUCAGCAGAAGAAUUCUUGGCAAGAGUUGAUAUAGAAGUUGACAGCCCAAAUCCUACACCAAUUCUUAUGAGUGUGAGUCUCCGAGCAAGAGCAGGCAUAGCUAGAAUUCAUGCCCCCAAGGAUUUACAGACUGUGCAUUUGUUGGCCAGUGUGAAUUCCUCAAUGAAGCAGCACUUGCCUUUGAAAAAUGCUGGGAAUAUCGAGGUUUAUUUAGAUAUCAAGGUCCAAGAACAAGGAAGUCACUUUUCAGUGGAUCCAGAGAAUCUGUUUCUUAGACCUGGAGAAGAACAUGAAGUGACAGUUUCAUUUACACCAAAGGAUCUCAAAUCCUGUGAGGAAAGGAUCUUGAAAAUAUUUGUGCAGCCAUUUGGACCUCAGUAUGAAGUACUGUUAAAGGGUGAAGUCAUUUCUUCAGAAAGCACACCUUUGCCUGGACCCUGCUGUUCAGAUAUUCCAUCAAUUUUGUCCAACAAACAGUUUCUGACUUGGGGUGGUGUACCUCUUGGUAGAACACAGCUUCAGAAACUAGCUUUAAGAAGCAAUUCUACAUCUACAACCCAGCACUUGCGACUGCUCAUUAGAGGACAAGAUCAAGAUUGCUUUCAGUUUCAGAAUACUUUCGGCUCAGAAGAGCGGUUGACCAGUUCUUGUGAGAUCAGAAUACACCCCAAAGAAGACAUUAUAGUCUCUGUAUUAUUUACACCUACUCGAUUAUCUUGUAUGUUGGCCAAACUAGAAAUCAAACAACUUGGAAAUCGAUCACAACCAGGCAUUAAGUUCAUGAUACCUUUGUCUGGAUAUGGAGGAACAAGUAAUCUUAUUUUGGAAGGUGUUAAAAAAUUAUCUGACAGUUACAUGGUGACAGUGAAUGACUUAAUUCCUGGCAAAGAAAGUAAAAUUGUUUUUUCUGUCCGAAACACUGGCUCUCGAGCAGCUUUUGUUAAAGCAGUUGGCUUUAAGGAUUCUCAGAAAAAAAUUUUGCUGGAUCCUAAAGUAUUAAGGAUUAUUCCAGAUAACUUUAUACUCAAGGAAAGAACACGAGAAGAUGUUACUUUAAUAUAUAAUCCAUCUGACAGAAAGAGUGAUAAUAACACUGCGACAGAACUGUCGACUAUAUACUUCUUUGGUGGUGAUGAAAUUUCCAGACAGCAGUAUCGAAGAGCCUUGCUGCAGAAACCUGGAAUUAUAAAGCAGAUACUUCCAGAGCAUAGUGUAUUGCAAAACAUUAAUUUUGUUGAAGCAUUUCAGGAUGAACUACUGAUAGAGGAAGUACAUGAUCUUCCCCAACGGCCUAACGAUAUUCAGCUAUUUUAUGGAAACAUGCGUAAAAUUAUGCUUUCAGUAAUUGGAGAAUUCAGAGAUUCUGUUCCUAACAGAGAACUUCUUCAGCCUUCUCCCAAAGCUAGCUUGGAAUCUAAAAGUGAAUUGAGACCUUCUGAUAAACAUGGUGGCAAUAUCUCUUUGGAUGUUUUACCAGUUAAAGGUCCUCAAGGGUCUCCUUUUCUCUCACAAGCUGCCCACUCAUCUCAAGAUACAGCAGCCUCUGAAGAGAUGUGGACCAUCCAACCUGAACACUUAAUUCUGGUAGCUCCUUCUUCUUGUGAUAUGACAAAAACUGGACGUUUCCAGAUUGUUAAUAAUUCUGUCAGGUUGCUGAAAUUUGAACUAUAUUGGCCAGCCCAUUGCCUGACAGUCACACCACAACACGGAUUUAUUGCACCAGAGAGUAAACUACAAAUUCUUGUGAGUCCUAAUUCUUCCUUAUCCACAAAACAGUCUAUGUUCCCAUGGAGUGGCUUGAUCUAUAUUCACUGUGACAAUGGACAGAAGAAAUUCGUGAAAGUUCAAAUUCAAGAAGAUUUGACUCAAGAUGAACUUUUGACUCGUUUGGCUUCUAGCACAUUUGGAAUUCUUAACACCACAUCUGAACCUCCCAUUAGUCAUGUGAUAAAACCAGUAGUAAAGCCAUCUUCCACAAAAGUUGAAAUAAGAAACAAGAUGAUUACUUUUCCUACAACAGAAUCUGGUAAAACUUCAGAGAACUAUCUGGAAUUUGAGAAUCAUGGUCCUGUGGAUGUGAAGUGGCACCUGUCAUCUUUUGCUCCCCCGUAUGUCAAGGGAGUUGAUGAAAGCGGAGAUGUUUUUAGAGCAACAUACACAGCAUUCAGAUGUUCUCCGAUUUCUGGUACACUGGAAAGGAAUAGAAUCCAGAAGGUCUCCAUCACAUUUUUGCCCAGAGAUAGAGGGGAUUAUGCCCAGUUUUGGGAUAUUGAGUGUCACCCUGUUAAAGAGCCUCACAUGCAACACACUUUGAGAUUCCAGCUCUCUGGAAAAAGCAUCAGAGCAGAAAAUAAACCUGGAAAGGCACGCUCUUCCACUGAUAGACUCAUUAAAGUAGAUAAUGUAGGUAUGUCCCGAAAGUGUGCUUCAUUGGAGGCUUCUGCUCUCCCACUUGGCAGGCAAGGUGAUUUGAGUCAGCGUGGCGUAUAUGCCCCAGAAGAUGUGUAUGUGUUCCUGCCAACCAGAGUCGGGGAAUCACGGACACUGAAAGUUAAUCUGAGGAAUAGUUCUUUCAUUACACACUCACUGAAGUUUUUGAGUCCCAGAGAGCCUUUCCACAUCAAGCAUUCCAAAUACUCUUUGCGAGCCCGGCAUUACAUCCAUAUCCCAGUGCACUUCAGACCAGAGGCUGCAGGCAGAUUUGAAGCAUUGCUUAUUAUUCAGACAGAUGAGGGCAAAAGUGUUGCUGUUCGACUCAUUGGUGAAGCCCUUGAAAAAAAUUAGAAUACAUGUUGUAUAAAUUACCUGUUAUAUUUGGGAACUUUGUUUUUCUGCACUACAAUUAUGCUGUUGUAUAUAUAUUUGUGUGAUAAAUUUGAUGUGUGUAACUAUAUAUUUUUGUUUAUUUGUUUUGAGAAGUUAAUCCUGAAAACCUGGCUAAAAUAUCAUGUUUUUAGCACAAAGUAUUGUAUUAACUUCUACAAAAGAGAAGAGAAAUCUAUUUUUGCACUGAUUAUGGUAUUCUAAAUAAAUACAGAAUAUGUUUGAUUGUGGUAUAUCCAGAAAUAAACUUAAUUUUCUAUUGAA